CCUCCAUUUAGACGGCGCCGCCCAUAGCGCUGCGACAACAGCAACAUUAACAUCCAAUUUCCAUUUCGCGUUUGUUCAACUCCCCCGCGCCGCUCGCCGCGCGCCCCUCUCGCCUCAAAUUGCUGUUGCUAGGCGAGCGCCGGGCCGAGUUUCACCGGGUUUCGUCGGGUUUCAUCAGAGCUUGGGUACCGAGCGCGUGGUUUAGCUGCGCCACAACCACAGCCUAGCUGCCCCGCCGGCCCCCCGCUUAUCGACUGCCCGACAGAGCGAUCGACAGAGACAGUUGUUGUUCGCUCGUACUCGCCGCUGUACAGGCUCCGCUUGGUGCAAUCAUUUAUUGUAGGGUUAUUUUUUUCUUCAUCGUAACAACGCAGUUUCGCGUAAGAUUCGGCACGGGCGCGCUUAUCAAUCGGGACGAUUCGGUCUGAUUGAACUGUUUAACGAUGCUUGUGAGUAUUAUUAAUUUUGAUGCGGUUUGAAUGCGAUACGUCGCGGGUUGCGCAAUGAAGUAUUUUAUGAUAUCUGUCGGUUUGUUAUUUUUUUUUUGUUCGAGUUUAUCGGGUUACCGGUUCGCCUCUAAUUUUAUUUUGGCGCAUUUGAAUGUUGUCCGUAAAGAAAUUUUGACGUUUGUGAUGAUAAUGAUGAUGAUUUAUUUGACCUACUUGACAGGUUUAUUAGUUUUUGUUGUAGCACUUGUUUGAUUCUUUAACUUGUAAACAUUAAAUUUUAAAAGCAAAAACAGAGUGUUUUUAAUUUUUUUUAUACAACUUUCAAGCACUAAAAAGUAUAUAGAGCAAUUAAUUUGUUGAUGAAUGUAAUUCUGUUUUGUUGCAGUCGCAAAAUGUCAGCCAAAACUGCUGAAUGGACCAAUUCCGAAUGUGAAGACUUGUCGCCUCUUCGUUGUUUGGAGUGCAACGUGAAUUUCACAACAGAAACCUUCUUAUAUUCGCAUUUGUUCCACCACAUCAAACAGCCGUUUAUAGCGGUGGAAAAGCUGCAAUUGCCGCCCCUGAAAAUCACCAUAAAGAAUACGAGCGGCAAUAAGUUCGAGAUAAUCAAUUGCCAGUCGCCUAAAGAGUACACCGGCUCGCCGGAAGCGCAGGGACAAGCCGAGGAGGGCGGUAAAAGGGGCGAUAACAGGAGCGAAGUGCUCGAGAAUUUUCUAGGGGAUCCUGAGACCACAGAUAGCAACCUGGCUGUGCAUAAGGAGGGACUGGAAGGCAACUUUCACAGUCCUUCGGAGAAGGACAGCCCUGACAUUCAGCCGGAAUACUCGAAUAUCGAUGAUAUUAUUCAAGGCUCGCCCUCGACCGGCGACGGAGCCUCUCAGUCCUUCGAUAAGGGCGCCGAUGCCAAUUCCAAUAGCGAGAGCGGCGCCUCGGAUUACGGGAGCAUCCCCGGGGCCGAGCCCACGCCGCCCCCGGAACCGUCUGUAGAGUACCCGAAGAUCAGGAUCAAAACCACCGGGUUGCUCAAGGAGCCUUCCUCGCUGACGAUCACCGAAAUAACCGAUGAUAAUCCCGAAGAGGAUUCCAGUCAUCGUCAAACUCAAGAUGAUUCUAACUUGUGGUCGUCUUCGAACAUGGACGAUCCAAUGAAAAUGCAAAAUACCGAUGACAGUAAUAUAUUAUCGUUGUUCAAUAAUAAUGAGCGAGCUAAAGAUUUGGGGUUUCACAGCAGCGAUAGCGAAUUUAUAUCGCUGGACCGGCUGGAAGACCGAAAUCGCGGAGCCAUGCAAGUGUACAAUUCGAAUCAAAACCCUUCGACCACAUUAGACAACCUAACCGGUUUACCUAUGCAGGCGUUAGCGCAACAAGUGUCCCGUUUGCACCAAUCAUCAGCCGGCAUGCACCAGCAGAAUGUACUCAUCAACAUACAGCAGUUCCCCAGCGGACCGCCACCGCAGCCUACUUACCAGGCCCCACCGAUGUACCCGUAUCCCCAGCAACCGAUGCACCACCCCUACCAAUACCAGCAACAGUACAGACCGCCUCCCUACUAUCCACCGGGCCAUCCAGUACCGCCCGUACCGCCCGGAUAUCCACCGCAGCACAUGCCGCCUCCGCCGCAAAUGAACCAACAGCCGCCCCAAAUGCACCCGUCCGUCUCGCAGCCCCAAAACAUGCAGCAACCGGGCGCCGCGUAUCGCCAGCCGAUGCCGCCCAGGCAGAUGGCGCCCAGGCAGCCGGUGCAGGGCAAUCGGAUGCCCAACGGGCCGCGACAGCCCGUCGUGCAGCGACAGCCGAUCGCGCGGCCCAGGGCCCCGAUGGUGAGGCCCAGAGGGGCCAUGGGAAUGACGGCGGUGCGAUCGGUGAGGCCCAGGAUGGGCGUGCCGCAAAACGGGAUUCGCCCACAGGCUGUAGUCAAACGAUCGCCCGAGCAAAUGCAGCAGUUGCAGGCGAAGAAGAAGCGCUUCGAUUUGCUCACGCCCGAUAAAGACGACGAGGAUUGCCAGGUGAUUUGUAUGCAGCCGAAGAACACCGACGGGGGAUUGCCUCAAAUCGAAAGCGUGCAGGGUGGUACUUGUGAUUCAGCCGAAAGUAGUAUUAUGCAUCUAUCGGAUUCGAUAACAUUGAGCGUGAGGAAUCCCGUUCCUAAACCGGUGGAGCAACCCAAAAAAUCCGACGCUAAAGCUGUAGCUAACAUCUUAGCUACUAGAGGUAUUACGGUCACGGCAACAGCGAAACCGAAAGAAAAAGAACCGGUGCAUAAAACGAAUCCUUCAAUCACAUCCUCCCUCAACCUAAACGGAGCCGUUAGUAUCAUCCCAGCGGCCAAAAGUAACGGAAAUACCACCAAGAAUGCCUCGCAAGACUCAUUACCUACGGUGGACUUGACGGAAGACGCGCCCGGCCAACACCAAUCCCUCAACUCGCCGCAGAAGCCCCAAAGGCAGGGGCUGCCGUUUCGCUGCGAUCUGUGCCCGGCCCAGUAUCCCAAUUCGGCGGGGCUCAUGAAGCACAGGCAAACGUACCACAAGACUACCAACACCGUGGCGGAUCUGGGGAUACCGGUGAUCAAUUUGAAGACGGCGGGAGUUAUGCAGAGGAUGGCGGCUAUGGGGAUUACGAAUUACAUACCGUUGCCGUCGCAAGGGGCCGACGGUACGUUCGUGGUGCCCGUUAUAAAUAGCAGGAAUCCGCCGAAUUUGGCUAACAUCGGGGCCACUACGAUGAUUACGUUGGGGCCUAUCAGGAGCAUACCGAGGCCGCUGAAUAACUUGAAACCGGUUAAUCAUGUUCCGAAAUAGUUGCCUUCGUACUAUUCGAGAUCUUAGGUGGGGAAUCUAGAGUUGUGUGUAUUAUUUGUUGGAGUUGAUAACGUAUUAUGUUAAAUGCCAAUGAAGAAAGAACAGUAUUUAUUAUAGAGAAAAACCGUGAUAUUAAUAUUGUGUUCUGUGAACGCAAAUUUUGUACAGAAAACGUGUAUAUUUUAUAUUUGUUAACUAUUUUCAUUUUUUUUUCUAUUUCUGAUUUAUUCUUGAUGAACAAACGAAUUUUGACUUAUGUAAAUUUUAUAACUUAGGUAUAAGAAUUGUUUUUUAUGUUUUUGUUGAGUUUCCUAAAUUUAGCGCCGGUCUUUUAUUUUAUUCAUUAUUUUUAAGAUGAAUAUUAAUUUGUAGAAAUUAAUAGGCGUGCUAUUUUCUAUAAAGGGACGUUAAGCCAUUUAAAAAUAAUAUAAAAGGCUGGUUAUUAGACUGAUUAGUUUGUAAAAUACGUGCAAUCUCCUAAAAAAUGUUGGUUACAAACUUCUGAUUUAUUUUUACUCAUAGUAUCGUUCAAUACAUUCAAAUUUAUAAGAACCUAGAAUAAAAAUAUUUUUUUCUUAACGACUAUUUAUUUUCACAGAGUCGAAUCCGCAGAUAUUUUUUAUAGAAAG